AUGACAACUGAUCCUCUUGGUCUGGUUGCCUAUGGUUUCUCUGAUUUCUUUAUAUUUUCAUAUACAGCAUCCACUAAUACUCUGGUCGUUCAUCAAAAUAAUUCACUCUCUCCUUCAACAUCGUUUUUACCGCUUGCUGUCGAUUACGAUGGUAAUCGUGGUAUUAUUGCUGGUUUUCUCAAUAAUGGUCAAAGUUCACGCAUCAAAUUCCGUGCAACUGUUAUUAUGUUUAGUAUCAAUGCAGGAACAACUUUCGCUACACCAAUCAGUUCAUGGAUCUACCCAAUGAAUGGAACAACGUGGCAGGCUGGACAAACAAAUGCAGGCGCUGAUCUAUAUGCAGCUAAAUUCGACAUGUCUGUCAGUAUAGAUCCGACAGGUACACAAGUUCUCGUCGGUAUUCAGUCGAUGAACACGGUUUUUCUCUUCAGUUAUACAACGACAACAUUGACAUUCGUUAGUUUAAUAGAUAAUGGUCAAGGAAUUGGUUUCGGAGGUCUUUUUGUUAUUCUCCCAUCACCCAGUAGCUAUUAUUCAUCAACAACUGGCCCAAGUGUUCAAAUUGUACCAGCAUUCUCUUCACAAUUGCCUUGUAUUCCCGGUACAUACAAGAAUAGAACAAGUCUUGGACGUUGUCUACCAUGUCCGACGGGAACAAAAAAUGAUGGAACCAAUCUUACAGCAUCAACUUGCGUUGACUGUGCAACGAAUGCAUUCUGUCCAUUUGGUUCUACUAGUGAUUCUAUCUCAACUGAUUCACUUAGCAAUGUUAUUCAAGUAAUUGCUUAUCCAUCAUCACCAGCUAUUACUGGAAUUGAUGACAUUCUAUUUUUCACAUUGUUUUCAAUUGGUUCAACUUCACGCUGUGUUGCUCUUUCACCACUCUUUUGGACCUUGCUUGUUGGUGGUAUUGUAAUUCUAAUUGGAAGUGGAAUGUUUAUCAUGAAACACUGUAUUAAACAUCCAAAAGCUGCAGAUAGUUAUGAAAAAUUAGAGAAAGUAUUUAAACAAGCAGAUCUCAUUACUGCAGGUGACCUGUGGAUCGGUGGUCUUGCUUCGUUUUGUAUUAUUGUUCUUAGUAUUUCUUGCUGUGUAUUCAGUGCUUAUUUUUAUAAUUCAUAUCCAAUUGAAACAGCUCCACCUUCAACAUACACUUGUGAUACAACUUUACGUAAUGCACAAUUUAGUUCAUCUUUACAAUCUUUAUCGAUACCGGUCGCAGAUAAUGUCCAAGAUAUGUUUAACUUGUUAAACAGUCAAGCAGUCAAUCUUGAUGUCGCUUUUAUCAAUACAGUUUACAACUGCACAUCAGAUGCAAUUACAUUGACCUAUUACUCAGGUACAGCAUGGGUGCCAAUUUCAAGUCUUCCAUGUACCUCAUCGAACUACAUACUUUCCUAUAGUGUUCCCCUGCCAUAUCGACCAAUUACUGUACAAUUUACUUUACCGAACAUAUAUACAAUUGGUGGACUUCGCGUUGGUCUGAGUGGUGCCGGUAAAAACAAAACUUCGAAAAAAUUGGUUCAAACUUUAGGUUUUUCACAAGUAUUCACUCAAGAUGGACGCAUGGUAGGACAAAACAUAUAUAUUGUUCUCGAGUUAACAAAAUUAAUCAAUGAUACAAGUCCACUAGUCAGUGGCGAUGAUGAUACAUUCAGCGCUAUUUGGGUUGAGAAAUUUACAUUGAAUUACUAUCAAUCUUUCAUGACAAGCACUGAUUAUUUGACUGCAACACCUAAAUCAUCGACAAAUAUGACAUUGAUUAUUACUGAAACACCCUAUUAUAUAUUAAAUUUACAAACACCAAUUGCUCGAUUACCUUUGAUAAUCUAUCAUGAUUUUCUGUUUAUAACAAUGGUUAUAGGAAUGUUCGCUUUGAUGUUUGUCCUAUUUAAAUUAAUAAUUAUACCAUUUAUAGUCUUCCUCAUCCGUAUGUGUAAGCCAAACUAUAUUAAGGACAACCGAGUGGAUGUUAACAGCCAGGUUGGUUUUAUUGACGAUGAUUUAGAAAAUCCAACUUCAAACUCAAAUAAACAAAAGAGCAGCAAACACAAGAACAAUAAUUCUAUUACUGAUAAUGUUGUUCCUGUUCAAAGUCAGACGUUCAUUGAAAAUGAAAAUGCUAAUCAUGAUAAAGAUGACAGUCAUCAGUCACCAGUAGUUGCUGAUAUUGAUACGACUAAGAAACAAUUAGGUGAACUUCCACCACUUGUUCGAGUUAGAACUGAUGGCAACAGAAUAAUCAAAGAAUAUAUCAACGAAUAA